AUGGCAACUGUCUUUCGACUCGUAUUCUACGUCCCAGAGACUCAUGUUGAAGCCUGCAAAGCCGCCAUCUUUGCCGCUGGAGCCGGUCGUUAUCCAAAUAGCUCGUAUACUGAAUGUUGCUGGACGACGUCAGGCACCGGUCAGUUUCGACCGGUUGCUGGGGCGAAUCCGCACAUUGGGACGCUGGACAAGCUAGAAUCCGUUACUGAAAUCCGGGUUGAGGCCCCUUGCGUCGGUCCUAUUGUGGCAAAGAAGGCGGUGGAGGCGUUGAAGAAAGCUCACCCAUAUGAGGAACCGGCAUAUGAAGUAUAUAGGCUUGAAGACUUUUAG